AUGUCACUCUCUUUCGUUUCGUCGGAGCAUGAGCAGUUGAGCACCAUGGAGGAGUCGGAGAGCAGGAAACCCAUCGCUCUCUUCAUGGCUUUUGGUACCAAAGGCGAUGUCUACCCAAUCGCUGCCAUUGCCGCAGCUUUCGCUCGUGAUCAGCAACUGUACUCUGUUGUUUUGAUGUCACAUUUGGCUCAUGAGAAUCUAAGCUCCCACUUGGUCAAAGCGAAAGUUUCCUAUUUUCGGAUCACUUCUCCUCCUGCUCUGUCUAGUGAAGCUCAGGGUACUCAGGACGCUACAGACUCAAAGAGGACUCUUUUUUUGGAUGAGAAACAAAGGAUAAAAAGGGAACACAGACAAGAGUGUCAUUCUGCAUUCGGAACCAUUUUUGGAAAGGGUCCUUGUAUGGAGGGUGAUCUCGUUGUCAUAAAUUUCUUUGCAUUGGAAGGAUGUAGCCUUGCAGAACUUUUUCAGAUCCACUGUGUGGUGGCUGCUCCUUAUGUUGUUCCGUAUAGUCCACCAUCAGGGUUUGAAAGACAGUUUAGGAAGGAACUUCCGGAGUUGUACAAGUACUUGAAAGAAGCUCCAAUCGGCAAGGUUAGCUGGAGUGAUGUAACACAUUGGAUGUGGCCUCUAUUUACUGAAGAAUGGGGAUCAUGGAGAUACGAGGAACUCAACCUAAGUUGUUACCCUUUUGCAGAUCCAGUAACAGACCUACCAAUUUGGCAUAUCCGGCCACCACCUCCCCUGCUGACCUGUUACAUAUUUCUCUGCGACAGGUAUGGUUUCAGCAAAGAAAUUGUCGAAUGCCCUGAUUAUUGGCCAUUGAGUGUUCGAGUCUGUGGUUUUUGGUUUCUGCCAAACGAGUGGCAGUAUUCAUGCAACAAGUGUGGAGACAAUCCUUCUGCAGGGCGCUUGGGUACAGACAAUUCCCCUACAUGCUCAAACCACACUGAGCUCUAUACUUUUGUAUCGUCUUUAGAGCCAAACCUGCCUAUCUUUGUAGGGUUGAGUUCUGUUGGAAGCAUGGGUUUUGUGAAGAAUCCUCUAGCCUUUCUUCGUGUUCUCCAGUCUGUUAUCCAGAUUACAGGCUAUAGAUUUAUCAUUUUCACAGCGUGUUAUGAACCUUUAGAUGCAGCAAUUUGCACCAUUGCUAAGGAAUCACCUUCAAGUGCGAACCGACCUUUGGAUGUAGGAAUCUCUAUCUUCAACGGCAAGCUUUUCUGCUUUUCUGGUAUGGUGCCAUACAAUUGGCUGUUUCCAAGAUGUGCUGCUGCAAUUCACCAUGGUGGCAGUGGUUCUACAUCUGCAGCAUUACAUGCUGGAAUCCCACAGGUCAUAUGCCCAUUUAUGAUGGAUCAGUUCUAUUGGGCAGAGAAGAUGUGUUGGCUUGGUGUUGCUCCUCAACCACUGAAAAGAAACCACUUGCUUCCGGAGGAGGAAGCAAAUGAUGAGAACAUCAUGGAAGCUGCACAAGUGGUAGCAAAAGCCAUAUACGAUGCACUUUCUACAAAAACUAGGACACGUGCCAUCGAAAUCGCUAAAAUAUUAUCUCUAGAGGAUGGAGUCUCAGAAGCUGUGAGGGUGCUUAGAGAAGAGGUGUGUGAAGCUUCAGGCAGCAGCCUAAUACUUGGAUGA